AUGAUGGGAGGCUGGGAUGUCUACUGCGCGAUAUGCGCUUCGAAUUUCAAGAAACGAAUCGUAGCUGAUUCCGAUGACCAGAGUCCGAAUACGUAUCGCGCGGAUACCAUUGGAGAGAGCGAUACAACGUGGCUGGGAAAGGUGCACGGUCUUGGGUCCAAUCCCGAUGCGUCGGGAGAUCGAAAGGGAUUUUAUCUCUUGAACCAGGAGAUGGUUAAUCCCAACGUUCCCACCAAAUCUUCCGAAGAACCGAUCGAUUUUGUUGCAUACAACGACCCCGAUGGCAAGCAACAGCCUGUCUUUCCUGUCCACGCCAUCUGCUAUCGAGACAUACUCCCAAGAUGUAUUAAAGAUGCGAAGCAAGAAACAAUGGACGACGAUACUCUUUACACUCUCUUCGAAGGAAUCGUGGCUUCAAAUCGCUGGAACAGAUUGGAUCUAGACUACGGCGGGCCCAAACCACCCAAAGAUCAGUACUGGGUGUCGAGAAAGGGCGAGGAGGCCUUGGUGACGAACCCUGUCGACAUACCCCAGUUACAGGGUUACUUGGAAAAGAUCCAAGCCACUGUUAACCAGGAUAAGCAGUCAACCGAGUCCCAAAAACCCCCAUCAACGGUAGAUAUAUUCGACAAGCUUCCGAGCGAACUGCGGCUUGAGAUUCUGAACUUGCUUCCUACAGCGUCCGCACUUGCACUCAAAGCUGCAUCGUGGACAAUGCUGACGACGCCGCUCUCAUGGCAGCAGAAGCUGACAUCUGAUAUGCCGUGGUUGUGGGACUUUCGCGAUAUCGAAGUGGACAUUUGCAAGUCUCAGGAAUUGAAUGAGCGACUUUAUCGGGUUAUGUCGGAGCUUGAUGACAAGUCGCGAUAUAAAAAAGACAAGGCGGAUUACUUCCCUGGCCUGGUGAACCGUAGGAGGAUCUGGGGUGUUUGCGAGAGUAUUAGGAGUUUGUAUCUCGAGAAACUCGACUCUAAGAAGGGCGGAAAGUCGGAUUAG